AUGUAUCUCCCCCGCCACAUACUCAUCAGAACCUUCCUCCACCGCCGUCCCUUCUCCCAUUCCGCCGCCGCCAUCCUCCACCCUCCAGAGCCAGACCUAGAGCCGCUCACCUACCUCGAAGGCUUUCCAAAACCCGACCCUAAGUACGACGAGACCAUCCUCGCGAUUCCCCGCAGAGAUUCCGGGAAGAACAUUUCGGCUAAGGAGCGUAAAGUAGGUCGCGUUCCGAGCAUAGUGUUCGAGCAGGAAGAUGGCGAGCACGGUGGUAACAAACGCCUCAUUUCCGUUCGCUCCAAUCAGAUCAGGAAGCUCAUUAACCACCUUGGACGCUCGUUUUUCCUCUCACGCCUAUUCAAUCUCCAAGUUCUUCAUCAAUUCGACUCCGAUUCAAACACUAACGACAACGAUGUCAUUGAAAACGUCCGCGUUUUGCCCCGCAGUAUUCAUUUGAAAGCUGGAACAGACGCACCUUUGAAUGUUACAUUUAUAAGGGCUCCUUCAGAUGCUUGGUUGAAAGUUGAUAUUCCUAUUGUAUUCAUAGGAGAUGAUAUAUCCCCUGGACUCAAGAAAGGUGCUUCUUUGAAUACCAUCAAAAGGACUGUUAAGUACCUAUGCCCUGCGGACAUUAUUCCCCCAUAUAUUGAAGUGGAUUUAAGUGAGUUAGAUGUAGGCCAGAAGGUGCUCAUGGGUGAUCUCAAUAUUCAUCCUGCAUUAAAACUUCUUCACUCAAAAGAUGAAGCUGUUUGUAAAAUUAUGGGCCAAAGGGUUUCUGAACAACAACCAAAGAAAUCCAAGUAA